GUCUACGCGCCGGAAGUGGUCGCACCUUCGCCGGGACGUGGUGAGAGCGACCGGCUCUGGCCGGCGCAUGAGGAGGUGGGCUGAGGUGGUGUGAGAUUGAGGGGGUGACAGCCCUUUGAGGGCCCCAGCGACAAUGGCGGUGUUUCACGACGAGGUAGAGAUCGAGGACUUCCAAUAUGACGAGGACGCGGAGGCGUAUUUCUACCCCUGCCCCUGUGGGGAUAACUUCUGCAUCACCAAGGAAGAUUUGGAGAAUGGGGAAGACGUGGCCACGUGUCCUAGUUGCUCCCUCAUCAUAAAAGUGAUUUAUGACAAAGAUCAGUUUAUGUGUGGAGAAACAGUCCCAGCCCCUUCCACCAACAAAGAACUAGUUAAAUGCUGAAGAAGGCUUUAGGGGUCACAACCCUACACAAUUGGGAAAGCAAAGCCACAACUCUUCCUGGGGGCCGCCACUGUGAGGGGUGCUGUUCCCUCAUCGGCACUUAAAGAAGUGACUCCACAACUUGCCUGGAUUUCAUGCUUACACCUUUGGAUUGGAAGUGUUCUUAUUGUCUAUCUGAAUUUAAAGGAAGAACAUUUCUAAUCAGUACUUCUUUCCUUCUGUUUGAUCGUUUGUAUAUCCUAUGCCUCAUUAUGUCAUCUGAUAACAGCAUUAUCUACCUCAGUCAUUAGGAUUCCUUAUAAAAAGGGGAUUUUAUUUUUGACUUCGUAGGAUUAGUAAAAUUAGCCCUUUCUUUGACAGUUUAACUUUGCCGUUCAAAACUAGUUGCUUUGUCAGUUCUGCACUUCCGGUUCCCACAUCAAGCCAGCUCCUCCGUCUUGCCCAUUAUUAGGAUGCUCGCCUCCUGUGAAAACCUCUCAUUUCUAUUAUACCACGUGCCCAGCUCUGGUCAUGGUGUUAAAGAAAUAAACAUUUUGCUCACAGUUUCUCCACAAUUGAAAUUAGUAAGGGAGGAAAGUCCAAAAGUGCCUUGGUCAAAGAAUAUGGAGCUUCCCUACCAAUCUUCUGCAUAUUCCUUGAAAACUGGGGCAGGAUCAAAAGAAAAACUGCUAAAGGAGGUGAAAUUGGUAACAGAAUAAGAGCAAAACCUGCCAAAUUAGUGAGUUAAAUGCGUGAAUGGUUUUGCCAGAUCAGAACAAAUAAUAUGUCUUAUCUCUGGGUUCUUGUUUGUCUGUUUGUUUUUAAAUUAGGCUAAUGAAAUUGCAUUCCAGGUGAGGGUCAGUUCCUGUCUGCACUGUGUGCUGGGCAUUGUCACAAACCCCAGUUACUCCUGCUAAAGGGUAGAGUGUCCACAACAACUCUUGUAUUUGCUGAGGAUGAGCAAAUACAUGAGCAAAUGAGAUGUCUGCUCUAAGUGAAUAUAUCCCUGAGGGCACAUCUAAUAAGCCUGUGUACCUAUAACCAGACCCCACAUUCGCUCAGAGAAAUAUGACCCUGGAGAAAAGGGGAUACAUAAAGGCCAUCAGUCUUCUGCUGCAUGGCUAAGAGUAGCAAACAUUAGAAUCACGUGGAAAUUCAGAAAUUCCCUUUAUGUACACAAUUUUGUGCAUAUAAUGUUAAAAAAAAAAAUCACAGGUGGUUUUGGGAAUAACUCCCACAAUUAGAAAACCAGCUCGCCAGAUUGUUAUCAUCCUUUGCCUGCAAAAUGUGCUGCGUACAUGCUUAAGGGGUUUAAAUUAAAGCGAGUGCCCUUUGAUGUGCCAGCAGCACAAUUCCCUGCAACUGUUAGGCUGAGCCAUAGUCAGCAAUGGAGUGCCGGAGUGCUUGCUAUGUUACAUGAAGCAUGACAGGGCGUACUCUUGAUGUGGUGAGAAAUCGUGACUCUUUGGAACACUGACACCCCAGAAAUGGUCCACAGCUGUUUAGGAACCAGUGACUGCUGAGAUGAACAGAGCAGGGUCCACGCGAGCGCUGGGAAGGAGAAACGAACAGCCCCCCACACAGAGGAUGGUUUUGUAAGUAACUGUGACACAUUAGCUUCCGCUGCUGCAGCUGAUUUUCAAACAAGGACGCCCUUGAUGGUCUAGGAGCACAGAAGAGUAGGAAGAGAAGUUACCCAAGUCCAUCCCAGGUAAAAAGCAUAAAGGCCGCUGGCAAUCAGUGGUCUGUGAUAAGCUGCCCUCGUGGGAAUGAUUUUGAGAUCAAAGCAAUCAAGUCACCAGGUUCACCUUUGGCCACAAAAGAACACAUCAGGAUUGAAUACUCUGUGGAGCAAGAAGUAAAACCAGGAUCUUUCAGCUAUGUCUAGGGUUCUGGGGGAUUUAUGUGCCUUACUUAGCUCAACAGACAUUUCAGAGCGCCUCUGAGAAAUGGUCUGUAAUGCAGGCUCUGUCUCAUCCCCUGGUAAUCUUGGAAAGGCCAGUGAAUUCCUCAUCUGUGUAACUAGGAGACUGGAUCAGUGAUAUCUUUCAAUUUCCGGCAUCAAAAGUUGGAGAAGCUGAAGUCAUUGAAACCUCCAUGAACUUGAAACUAAAUCAUGAUAAAGCGACUGUUCGUCAGUAACUUGAUGUUACCACGCUUCUGGGCUUGGAAAUGGUAAAGUCAGCUGUUGAAAGGACUUUGUAUAUACUUGAGAUGCUCAGAAGCAUUUUUCUUAGAAAGCACCCAAUAUUUUUGAUAAUUAUAUAUAUUAAUUUAUUACCAGAAUAAAUUAUUGGCAUGCUAAAUAAAGUCUGAUCGUUCAAAUCCAAUUGUUUUGAUGUAAUUUUUCUUCCCCUAAAUGGCAUUUUGUAUUAAAAGGUUUUGAUGGAAUUUUAUGAGGAGGAAAUCUGUAGCCCGCUUUGGGGCAUGGUAAGUAGUUUUUUGGUAUGGAAAGUAGAACUUUGAAAUAGGAAAACAGUUGAAUAAUUUGUUGGCCUCAUAGGUUUGGGCUCAGGAUAUUUGUCUUUAUUUGAAAAAAAUAAAUAAGGCUCUGAAUCUGUGGCAGUAAGGCAAAGAUAGUUGACUUUCUUAAAGUAGUUCAGUUUAUUGCCAGGAAGAAAAGCUGAUGAUGAAUGCUUGCAGCUCUGGUCAGGAUACAAGUUGAAUCUCAGUUCCUAUACUGCGAUCUUGGACAGCUAAUAAUCUUCCUGUAGCUCUGUCCUGGUCUGUGAAACGGGCCAUAACAAUACUUCUUUCUCAGGGGUGCUCUGGAUUCAUUCUGUCGGCGGGGGGUUGUGGAGUGCCUGCCGGAGGCUGGCACUGCUUGAAGAAGACAAGGGAGAUCUGCCUUCAGGGAGCUUACAUGCACCCAGAGGAGGGGAUUGUUGGGACCCCCAAAGAAACAAGAGAGUAACUGGGGCAGGCGCCUUGACAGAGUAAACAGAAGGCGUUUUAGGUCUGGCACAUUUUCUGAGAUCUCAGACUGAGAAAACCUGUGAAAAUGAUUAUGUGAACUAAUGACAAAACGUGAAAACCAAAAGUUAACUCUUCUGUUUCCAAAAGGAACGCCACGUUGUUUUGAGCAUGGACCGUCUUAGAAUAAGUGUAAGAAGUGCUAAGCCCUGGAGAGCCAGCCCUCCCCCCUUACUGAGCCUCUCUGGGGGUGGGCUUUAACAAGG